AUGUUUAGCGUCGUAAGAUCGGUUAGAUCAAACAAAAAGGUGACCGCACAACUCCAAAGAUCGUAUGCCAGUGCCAAAACUGCCAAUAUUGAUUGGAAUCCUGUGAGAUCUAAAAAACAGCUUUCACAAGGUAUUGAAUUUGGUGGGAAGACUAGCAGCAAAGUUUUUCUUGGAUUACUUUGCCUUGCACCUAUUAUAACUUUUGCCUUGGGUACUUGGCAAGUCAAAAGGCUUAAGUGGAAAAACAAGCUUGUCGCCGAAUGUGAGGAUCGUCUAACCUACAAGCCAAUUCCUAUGCCGAGAAACGUUACCAAAGAGGAUUUACCAAACUUAGAGUACAGAAAAGUCUUAGUAACUGGUCAUUUUGAUUAUUCUAGAGAAGUUUAUGUUGGGCCACGGCUACACGAUACUCGCAGAGGUUACACGGUUGUGUGUCCAUUUGUCCAAAGUAAUGGGGCAGGAGAAGUGUUGAUUGACAGGGGUUGGAUUGCGGCAGAGAAGGUCAUUCCAUCUCAGCGGAAUUUACAGCAUUUGUCCGUGCCAAAGGGAGAAAUAACAAUUGAAUGCGUUAUCAGAGUGCCUCCAAAGAAAGGUAUUUUUAGCAUAGAUCACGAUAAAGGCUCAAGAUUGUACCAAUAUUUGGAUGCUGACGCAAUGGCUGAGGAAUUGGGAAGUAGACCAAGCUUGGACUACGAUACUGCAGAAGAAUUUGAUCCGCUUCAAUUCAUCAACGCUGGUGUUCCACUUGGUAAAAUCCCAAAGGUGGAUUACAAAAACAAUCACUUAAAUUACUUAGUUACAUGGUACUCCCUCUCGUUUGCAUCUACGGUUUUAUUAAUCUACAUGUUCAAGAAAGGGAAAUUCAUGAACCCGACUGAGGAAAAGCUGAAAUAUACUAAAAAAAUCAUGAGCUAG